GUUGUUUGCGGCGCUUCAUAGAGACUAGACGCAUGUGCUGAUCGCACUCUGGAUUGCGUACGGACGUAAGUGCUAGAACGGCGGGUUAGUGUAACAGACGAUCGGUACCUUGGGAGACACUGAGGGACCCAUUAACAUCCCCGGAGGGAAUACUGGUCAUGUGCUUCCGGGGAUCUCGGGGGUCCUACCGCGGACAACUUCGCGGUUGAACAAAAUUCACCGUUGUUGCCCAGGCAGUCUGAUGGGUACAUUUCUCUAUCUUUCACCAAGGUGUCGUCCGUUGAUUUAUUUAUUACACCUUUAGCUAAAAAGAAAUCAAGAGGUAAAAAAAAACAAAAACAAGUAAUUGCUAAUAGGUGUCAGCGUGUCUUGCCAAAUGUCGGUCCUUGACUCAACAAGGCAUCAUAUCAUGGCUGUCCACUUGCUAACGGACCCUUUCAUGUAUAGCAACUAGUCUCGGAUCACAGGGUAGGUGUGGAGGCUGAGGCCACGGCAGUGCAUAGCCAAAGGAUCAGGGGGGUCGUGGACUUGGAGGCUCGGCAGCGCUGAUAGUUCAGCGCAGUCGCGCCAUUGGAGUGUUCUGUAUAGGGGCUUUGUAGGUCACUUGAACUUCAGCCUGCGUGAACUGUGUACUGAACUAUUAAAUCUGCACAGUGAAAUAUUGUUGCCGAGAGAUACUUCAUUGAGAAAUGGCUGAAGUCCCGAAUGAAGGACCUAAAGAGAAACAGUUGCGCUUCGAUUGGGAACUACUUGCAAAGAUCUCUGGAUUAGAGCAUUUUGGACCACCUUCCAAUGUGACAAUAGAAGCGAUAAAUGGAGGCGUGAGUAACUAUGUCUACCGGCUGACGAGCGACAAGGACCCAUCUCACACUGUGAUCGUCAAACAUGGCGAAUCUUACAUUCGGGCAUUUCCAAGGGCGCGCGCUAGCCUCAAAAGAACCAGUUUGGAAUUCUGGGGGCUGAAACGGAUGGAGGAGUUGGCACCAGGUUCCGUACCAACACCGCUGUAUUAUGAUCCAGGGCAGAACUUCAUCGUUAUGGAAGACCUGCGUAGUUACCAGCUUCUGCGUGACCAAAUGAAUCAUGGAACUAUGCACUUCUCGGCAGUGGAGAAAUUGUCAAGUUACCUGAGUAAACUGCAUCGCACCACACACAAAACAGUGGUGGACGAGGAGACUUAUGAAAAGAGUUUGGAAUUCUACAAGCCAAAUGAAAUGACAGGGUACCAGACGUUGUAUUUGUUUGAGAAUCCUUUGACCCAUCAGGGAAAUGGGCAAUAUUCAAAGGAAGUCGAGGCAUUCAAGAUAGACGAGACGCUGUUCCCUAACUUUCUCAAGCUCAAGGCGAUCGAUAAGGACAACCACGACUGCUUGAUACACGGGGAUUCCCACGUCAGUUCUGUCCUUGUCAAAGGAUCAAGUGUUAAGAUUUUUGAUUUUGAGUGCGCUCGUAUGGGACCAGCCGCCGCAGAUUUAUCCAAUAUCAUGGCGGGUUUGAUUAAGUCGUACCUGGAUCACAAGCAUUAUCCCUUGAAAGAGGGUUCGACUUUCCAUGAAGAGCUCAGGAAAGCUGUCGACUCUGUAGUGGAUACUUAUUUCAAGGAUGCAGCGGAGUACUUGAGUGAGAAAGACUACACUAGGACUAUUUCCGAGACGGCAGGAUUCAUCGGUGCCAGACUUGUGCGAAGGGUUUAUGGACUUCCAGAAAUGGGUGACGGACAGAGCAACUCACUAACUAUGAAGGGGUGUCUUCAGAUUGGAUACCAUCUUCUCAGGGACUCUGAGAAAAUCUUCACCAGAGAGGCCUUGAAGAACAGUAUUUUUCAGGAAGUGGACUAAGUUACACCUUUUGGAUGUAGUAAUAAACAUUGUUCAACACACACACAAAACUACACUCAUGUAAAAUUUUACGUAACUGAAUUUUAAAAAACUUCAUAGUUAUUUAGAUGAUUUUUUCAAGCAACUGGCAUGUAUGACAUGAUAAUGAGAAUGAGAGACACGUUUAAGAUUCAUUACACGACAAUUAUAAUGAUAAUAAUGUCACAACAAUGAAAAGGAACAAAAUAAGCAAUCAUCCCAGGCAAUAGAUGACAAGGUACAAGGGAGUAAAAUAAACGAUAUUCAUAACAGAGGAAAAAAGAGAGAAAAUCGUUAAACUUAUGUAAGAUGUACGGGCCUAUUGAUUUCUAUUUUGAAAUUGUAUACAACAGGUGUGAAUAAUCUUUGUAAAAAAAUUACUUGGAAAGUUUAUUUACCAAUGUUUCCGUAAGACGAUUAAGUGAUGCUUCACAAAAUUAGGAAUAAAAAUACAAAAUUACAAUUACUUGCAGUUUAUUUAUGGGAUUUUUGCACCAUAUCAAUCUGUUUCAAAAAGUGCUGCUAAAAUAUGUAUUUUGAAUUUAAAUGAAGAAAUACGUUUUUCAGACGUGAAGUAAACCAACACACGUUCACUAAAUAUGUACUCCACUAGAUCACUGUAAUCUGAUCUCGAUCAAAUUACAGAUUUUUCAGUAAAUCCUGUCAGGUCGUUUUUAUGUAGAUUACUUCAAAAAAGUAUUUUUCCCCAGUUUCCUUUAUGGCCUGAAAAGAGCAUUCACCUCUUAGAAAACUGUCCAGAAGUAAUUUUAAACACGGAGGGAGAUGUAAAUCUGUUUUAACGUCAGCCUGACCACAGUUAGGCUGGCAUUUAUACCAUCGAGGCAUUUCUGUAUUCCAACGAUGCAUGACCAACUAAAGCGUAAACGAGGCUAUCGGAGAACAGCAACACUCGCACACGAUAGAUUGUCCUAUCAGCGCAGCUGUUACUCGAUUCACGCGCAUGCUUUAUUCCUGAAAGACUCAAGUUGGCAAUUAACAAUAAGAAAGGGUACCUCGAAUCAUGCUGAUCACUUUUAUAUCCGGUUGUAAAAUAACAGUGUUACUUUAAUCUUUAGAGUGUUGUUCCAAGAGAAACAAAUUUUUUUAAAAAUGAAAAGAAAAAAAGACAUCAAGAUUAGCCCGAAUAAAAUGUGUGUUUCAAUUCA